UCCCAACCAGAAAAAGAAAAAAAAACAUAAAAAGAAGACCACCAUUUUAUCUUAUCGGAGAGCAAAACAUUAAAAUACAUAAUGCGGAAAUAGUUUUACCAUUUUUUCACUUGUGUUCGAGCUAAGAUGGCGAAGAGAUCGGAGUUUGCACAGAAGCUACUCGAUGAUCUUCGAGUACGGAAGGAGAGAAUGAGUGCAUCUCAGAGCUCAAAAAGUUCAAAGCCAAAUGGUGGAGAUGCAUACACUCAUUCCAGAGCGGCUUACGACGGAUCCAAAGAAAUGUUAACACAUCAAACUGCUGGCUUUAGAAGUACACAGAACAGGACUCAUAGAGGCCAUAAAUCACUCUCCGUCGGAGAUGCUGCAAACGAGAUAGUUCCUUUUGGAAAAGGUCAAAACUCUCGACAAAUAGGAGAUUUGUCGAUGGCAUUGGCUUUUGCCCUUGAGAAUGGAGGAAAACUCCGAAGAGUGGACUCGUCGGGCAAUAGUUCAAUGCUAAGUUUCCUGAACCAAAUAGGAAGAGGAUCGGGAGACAUGAGCAAGAUGGCAAGAAACACUCUCGAUAGGAGUGGCUCAUCAACUAAUAGUUUCCCUGCCCUCUCUGAUUUCCAUGUCAAAGAAAUAUCAAAAGGGGCACAAAAAUUGAAUCAGAUACUUAGAGCUUGCUCCAAUGGACUAAAUUUUGACGGAUAUUCGAUAGAAAUUGGAAAGGAACUACUGAAGGGAGCUAUGGAUCUAGAGGAAUCCUUGAGAAUGCUGGUGAAUAUGCAAGAAGCUUCUGAAUACAUGACUAAUCAGAGCAAAACUCGAAUCACAUUGCUUGAGGAUGACGAAGAUGAAGGCGACCACACAAUGAUAGUAGCUGACAAUAAGCAACUUGCUCGUCCAAUAUUCUCUUUUGACAAGCAUUCAAGAAACUCUCAUUACAUUCAGGAUGCUGCAAGGAGUGACCUCAAGAAGAGACUGAUGGCCCCGAAUAAACAUUCAGAAUUUACAUAUUCUAGCCGUGAUGCACACAAUUUAAGUGGCUCGGAUUCUGCUUCCCAUAGGCGAUAUUCUAGCUACGGCCUUAACAUAAAUAAUCUUGCAGCAUUCUCAGAAGAGAAGAAUGGCUCAAGUUCAUCAAUUUCCAAACCUGAAAUAGGGAGGAUUCCAAAUGUAAUUGCAAGAUUAAUGGGGCUACAAGAACUCCCGGAGAAUAAUAAUGAUUCAAAGAAUCCCACAGUGAAAGAGUCUAGUUCCAGGGAGAAAAUGGAGGGAAGAUCUAAAAAGAAAAUUGCAGAGGGCAGCAGUACACCUGUACGAAAAGAAAAGGAUAUUGGAAACGUUGCAUCUCCGAUCAGAAAACAUAAACAGAUACAAAACCAUCCAAUCCAGGAAACUCAAUACGAUACAUAUGGCUUGCAGGCAGAAAGGAACCUAGCGAGUCAUCAAGCUAGCUACGAAGGAUCUUUUCAUGAUAGAAAACUACACCAUAAUAAUGUAGAAGGGACAAAAUCCAUGAGAAGCUCAAACAAAACUAACAUGAAAAUAGAUCAUCAUCAAGGAAACAGAUACCAAUCGAGCCAAAUAAUGGGAAGUCGAAAAGAUAUCCCGGAAAAAGAGAGAAAACAUGAUAAUGUAAAGCUAAAGGAACUAAAGGCCAAAGAAAAAGGAGAAACCGAAGAACUACUCCUAAAUGAUCAGCAACAACGCGCGACACAACAGAAACAGAAUAGAUCAGAAGCGUUAAUGACACUAAAAGGACACGAAGAAUCCAAUUCCGCCACAGUUAAAGCAGAAAGGAGAAAUGCACACAACCUGUCAUCCAACAAUCAAGCAAAGUCUCUAAACAAUUUUGCAUUCCAACAACAACAAAUGCUCCAAAGUUCUGAGCUGCAAAAGCAGCAUGCAGGAGAGAGUGAACAGCAGAGUGUUAAACAAAAGAUCCAAGUGAGAAGACCAGUAGGAAAUGAAUCAAGGAGUUCUCCAAAACCCGCAUAUGACUCUACGAAUUUUCCACAAAAGCGUUCACAUAAAAACAAACCAACACUGAGUAAUGAGUGCUGCACAAAAGAUAUUGGAAUAAUGCAAAAACCUGAAACUCCUAGAAAGAUUGAUGAACUAGUAGCAAGAAGAAGCGGAAAUCCCCAAAACUUAUCGAGAACACUGAAACACCAGACUUCCAUAUUACAAGAAGCAAAGCAGAGAAGACCAGGCAAACUUGGCCGAUCAAAGGAAGAAGAGCAAGUGAGAUCCAGCAGAUCAACGGAAACAUGUAUUCUCAAGUCCGACAGAUCCAUACCAAGCAUACCACAAGCAAACGUGUUGGAAGAACUGCAGAGUCGGGCUGAAAAAGCUUCCAACUCGAGUAGUCUUCCUUUGGAUGAUGAAUGUUGCAGCCGUAAAGUUCAACAAAUCUCAACAUUUAAUCAAAAUUCUUCACAGAUGGUAAAUAAUCAACAAGCUCAAGAGCAUGAUUUUCGAAAAGACAACCUCAGCUCUCACAGUAGAAUAUUACCACUUGAUCGAAUUCAUGAAGAAAAAUCGAACCACAAAAAAAUAUCAACAUUGGAAACAAUAGAGCCACUGACAGAAAGUGAAAAUCAUCUCAAGCAAAUACUACUGAAAAGCCAACUAUUUCUCAACACAGCAGAAGCACUUUUCAAGCUCAACAUUCCUUUUGACAUUCUGAAUGCCAAGGGUGGUCAAGAUCAUCCUGAUGAAGAGAGCAAGCUUCUUUUAGAUUGCGGAUACGAAGUAAUGAAAAGAAAAGGAAAACGAAAAGACCUUAGCGUUCACCCGUUCGUGAAAAUUAACAUCACUUGUCUCAUGGUAAGAUCGUUGGAUAAUCUGAUCAAGGAGUUGCAUAACGACUUGGAAAAAUUAAAAUUCUACGGUAGAAAUCAUAACGCGGAACCUAUUGUGGAAGACUAUCUAGUAAAAAUGCUUGAAAAUGAUAUUUAUGACAAGGAUCCAGAUGUGAAUUGUAUGUGGGAUUUUGGAUGGCAUGAAAAGAAGGUUAUAUGUAUUGAAAAAGAUGAUGUUAUAAGGGAUGUGGAGAAGCAUUUGCUCAAUGGAUUGCUUGAUGAGGUUACUAUAGAUCUCCUGCUUGUAUUUUCAUCAAAUUAAGAGGAUUUUUGUGUGUUUUGUGUGAUAUUUAUCCGAGAUAAGCUUGAAAUAUAAUGUUUAUUUUAUUGAUAAAA